AUGAUCAACGAAGAGGAGGAAUGGCCAAUGCUACACCAGGGACUAAGUGAUAUUAGAUCUAUGGCAACACACUUCAAAGAGGUUGUUUUUGCUUUCCAACCAAGAGAGGGAAAUGAGGCAGCAGAUAGAGUAGCGAAGGAGGCUCUUUCAUUUAUGAUUGAUGCACCUAAGGCACACAAUUUCUACUCUGAAUCUUCGUUUGAGAAUUUGUUUGUCUCCUUCAAAUUCCUCGAACUCGAAGAUGAUGAUCUGGAGGCGACGCAACUUGAUGUUAAUCGUAGCCGUAAACCAUUUCCUCUACAGAUUGCUUGGACUUUCUUCUCUAUCUGUACCGGAUUCAUCUGCUUCCAAGAAUUUCAGGAUGGAGUAAGAGCAAGUUAUGCAAAAGGAAGAAUAAAAAAUGAACGCAUUUUUAAGCUGUUCAACGUCAAAAGUAAUCUCUGUAACGAGUCUGAUUCCAAGAAAAAAUAG